CUGCGAGGUUUAAUAGAAGGAGGAGGUGCAGGAGGAGGAAAAAAAAACCCUCAGAGCGUUCAGACCGGGAGCAGCUGGGUUUUAUUCCUUCACCAUCAUCCCUCGCAGCCUCCUCAUCGUUUUCUUUACACGUCUAUUCAGUCGGAUUACUCACACACAGGACACACCAUGGGAGGCAAGCUGAGCAAGAAGAAGAAGGGGUACGAUGUCAGCGACCCUAAAGACAAAAAGGACGGGAAUACAGUAGUAGCAGCAGCUGCGACCGAACAGAAGGCCGAAGCCGCUACAGCAAACCAGGAUGCAGGAGGAGAGAACAAAGCAGAACAAGUGGCGGCGGUUUCUCCUGAAACUCCACCGUCAGAAGCUUCAGCUGACCAGACUGCUGCACCCGCAGAGGCAGAGGUGAAGGCCGAGGCUGUUCGGCAAACUUCAGUGGAAGCUGUUUCUGCCCAACAAGAAAAACCCACAGAAGCUCCAAAAGAACCUGCAUCUGCACCAAAAGAACCUGCACCUGCUCCAGAAGAACCUGUACCUGCACCAAAAGAAACUGCACCCACUCCGAAAAAACCUGCAGCUGCUCCAGAAGAACCUGCAGCUGCACCACAAGAAGCUGCACCUGCUCCUAAAGAAGCUGCACCCGCUCCAGAAAAACCUGCACCUGCUCCAGAAGAACCUGUACCUGCUCUAGAGGAACCUGCACCUGUUCCAGAAGAAACUGCAGCUGCUCCAGAAGAACCUGCACCUGCUCCAGAGAAACCUGCUCUAGAAGAACCUGCACCUGCUCCAGAAAAACCUGCACCUGCUCCAGAGGAACCUGCACCCACACCAAAAGAACCUGCACCUGUUCCAGAAGAACCUGCACCUGCACCAGAAGAAGCUGCACCUGCUACAGAAGAAUCUGCACCUGCUCCUGAGAUACAAGCUGCUGUGCCUGAGGAGGCUGCACCAAAGGAGCCAGCAAAAGAGACCGAUUCUGCUCCAGCAGCAGCAACAGUUGCCUCAGAAGAACCAGCAGUCCAGGAGGAACCUGCCUCACAGGAACCUGCCCUAGAGGAACAUACUCCUGCACCAGAGGAACAACAAUCUCAAGUGGUUGCUGCUGUCGCCCCAGUAGAAACAGCUUCUUCCCCAGUGGAGUUUGUUUCUGCUGCCGGACCAGGCCAGACAGAGCCGGUUUUCACCCUAGUAGAGACUGUUUCUUCCCCAGUGGAGGCUGCUUCUGCCCCACUGAUGCCUGCCGCUGCUCCGGAGGACCAAGCUGCUGCACCUUCAAAACCAUCAGUCAACGUAGAGGCUAUUACUUCUCCACUAGAGACUGUUUCUUCCCCUGUGGAGGCUGCUCCUGCCCCAGAAAUCCAUGCUGCUGGGCUAGAAGAACCACCAGCCCAGGUGGAGGCUGUUUCUAAUCUAGCUGAGACAGUUUCUUCACCAGUGGAGGUUGUUUCUACCCCAGUGAUGCUUGCAUCUGCCCCCGAGGAGCAAGCUGCUGCACCAGAGGAGAUAUCAGCCCCAGUAGAGACAGUUUCUGCCCCCGAGGAACCCGAAGUUACCCCAGUGGAACCUGUAUCUGCUCCACAGGAAUCGUUACCUGCAUCCGAAGAACAACCAGCAGUACCAGAGGAGACUAUAACCACCUCUGAGGAAGGUACUGAGGAACCACCAGUUCCCACAAUCGAGCCUUUAGCCGCAUCGGAAGAACAAGAACCUGCCCCAGUGGAGUCUGCAACAGAAGCUGUCCAGGAGGUUUUAAGUACCACUGAAGUUACUCCAGAAACCUCUGAGGUACCAGAGCCAGAAACGAAACCUAAACCAGAGCCAGAAGUUUCAGAAUCUGUUCCUGAGGCUGAUCCGGUACCACCUGAGGUAGAAGUAGUUCUUUCUGCUCCUGAACCAGAGCCUGAAGAAGAACCUAAACCUCCACAAGCUGAACCUGAAUCUGUUCCAAAUGCUGAAGAACCCGUUCCAGAGAUCGUCAUUUCAGAAUCCGUUUCAGCCAAUGAUAUUGUGUCUGGGGCGAGCGAGCUUUUUCCUACCUCCAACGGUACUGAGAAAGUGAACGGUACUGAAUCGGUGGACGAACCGUCUGCAGAUAUAAUAAAAGAAAACGGAGCACGUGAGAAGACGGAUGUCCUGGAAAACGGUCCCAUAGAUGCACCUCUAGAUGGCCGAGGUGAUGCCCCUCUGGACAGUCCAGUGAACGCCCCUUUAGACGGUCCAGUCGAUACCACAGUAGUCGACGCUGAGCUCGCUGCUAAAGAGGCUGUAAACGGUUUUGUGGCUGAACCGGAACUUGAAUGUGGACUGAAAAAGGUCGAUACUGAUGUCGGAGACAAGUUGGAGUCUCUCAGUGCUGCAGCAAGUCAGGCUGUUGAUACAGCCUAAACUACCUUAAAGUACCUUCAAAUGUGAAAUAAAAAUAAUAAAAAUAAAAUAAAAGUCCUCCAGCAGUUCAGGCCUAGAUUGAAAUGCCUGUUGUGGCAGCUCGGGCGCAAAGAACUUUGGGUUCAACCACUCGAGAGAUGAAGAAUAUUAAAAAGUGGAUUCAAUUAAAACUGAAGCGAGAGAAGUUCGUUGGUUCAUGCUGUGUUCAGGAGCGCCGAGGUGUUACUGCCCAAACGGGUUAAACACACAUAACAAAGACAAAAAAAUGUGAAAAAGGUUAAACAGAACUCACACUGGACAUUAAAAAUUGGAAUGAGAAGUCUUGUGUUUGCUUGUGAAUCUGAUAAACAUAAAACCGGGUUAUUGAAUUAGCAUUUAUUAGUAUAAUCUAAUUUACACUUUCACAUGUUAUUCUUUCCACGUAACAACUGAAGUUUUGCAUUUUGGGCAGUAAGGGAUGUUCAUUUUAACUCGAAAGCUUGCCUUAGAAUAAAAAUAAAAAAGGACUUUCAUUUUUAAUCCUUUCACAGACCGAGAUCAAAUCAUCUUUUGUUUUUGUUAAUUCAUGAUUUAUUUAUGCAGAUAUGAAAUAAACGUAUAACAAAACUAAUGAACACAAUUAGAA